CAGGUAUAAAUUUAUAUACUUAUAACUGUACACUAUAUAAACAGCCCUAUGAGAUAAGCUACGGGUAUUCUGAGUUCAGUGGAUCAGCAGAUAUGUGUUAUUUGUUUUGUGAACACUAAGAAGGAAGAAAACUUGUAUGUUACAGGUACUGUAUGACAUUUGCAAAAUGUCUGAUGACGUAUCGCCGAAAAAGAAAAAGAGAUACUCUAAAGACUUUAAAAAUGAUGCUGUAAAACGUGUCAGGAAUGGCGAAAAAGAGGAUAAAGUGGCACAGGAUCUAGAAAUUCCAAGAUCUACACUCGCGACUUGGAUGCAAAAAGACCGAGAAAAGUUAUCAACAUCUAAAUCAAUCAAAGACAGAACAGACCAAAUUGAGAAGCGAUUUGUUUUUACUAUGAAUAAAACAGUACAACGGUCGGUUGACCUAGACAAUGAAUAUGCAUCACCAAUUCACUCCUUCAAUAAUAUAGAAAAAGAGAGAGUAAACUAUGGUGUUGAACAACAUGAUAGUACUCAAGAACAAAUUCGGAUUAAAAAAUCGACUGGUGACUUACCAACUGAAUUUGCCAAUAUGAUACAAGGAAAUGUCAGUGGAAACAAUAUUGAGGUGCAAACUGAUCGCUCGAAAAUGAUGUCUGAUCGCCAACUGCUGUACUAUGGCGAAGAGAACCAGUCUGAAGAAUUUAACAUUCCUAUUAAUACAUCUGAGAAGACGCCGUCAAUUAUUGAUCAUGCCCAUUCGUCGAGUUCUGCCUUCCAUAACUUAGAGAGAGAAAACUAUUCAGUCGAACAGCAACAGCUUGCAAUUGCUCUAGUUUUGUCAGGGGCGAAAAUUGAAACAGUAAGCAUAGAUAUGGAUAUUCCUCCAUCGACCAUUAUUUCUUGGUUAAACAAAAAUGACACUCCUUCCGUGGACGGCAACGAAGACAUAAACGAAAUUGUCAGUACAUCUUCUUUGAAUGAUCCAUAUUUUGUCGAUGAUACCAGGAAUGAUGAAAAAGAGAAGCAAAUAGAUAUUGAUAUGUGCAAUGAAGUGCAAAAAAAGACUGAACCAGAGAGAAAAAAAUACUCUACUGAACAGCAACAGCUUGCAAUUGCACGAGUUUUGACGGGGGCAAAAAUUGCAACGGUUAGCAAAGAUAUGGACAUCCCUCCAUCGACCAUCAGUACUUGGUUAAAAAAAGCUAAGCCUCCUACAGUGGAUGACAACGAAAUUCGGCCAGAAACUAUUAUUACUGCAAAACAUCCAUAUCCUAUUGUGCUCGAUGAAAACAAUGGAAAGACGGAAUUUAAUGCGCUGGUAGAAAAUCUUGAUGGAAACCUGUGUGCGGUAAAAGACAGUAUAUCUCCCAGUCGUACAGAAUCCACAGCUACUGCACCCCUCAAUAAAGGAAAGAAAAAAGAAGAAUAUAUGCUGACAGAAAGCAUGACACAUACAAAUGUCUUAAUAUUUAAAUAUCCAGAGGGAUCAAAAAGUGCCAAUGAAAUGGCAAAGAAGCAAAUGGAUAGAAAAAAAGAUGUCAGUGCAAAUAGUUGCAGCAAAAAAAGUCCAGAACAACAAAGAUACAAAGAAACGGAUCAAAUGAUUGUGAAUUGCAGUCCUCGAGGAGAGAAAACAUACGUCACUCCUAGCACUUCUCCAUCAAACAAUUCUAUCUGGAUAGCAAAAGCAGGGGAGAAGUUGCGAGAACUAUACAAGUCAAAGGACGUGCGACCAAAUAAACAAUUAUGUAACGAACCUGAAAACGAUUCAAAGCAAUCAAAUAACAAUGCAACUAGUAAUGAACGGUGUGAUGUGUUUCGUUCUCCUUGUUCAAGUGAUGAAAACUCAGGACUUUGUUCCGUAACUGACAGUAUAAAAACUGGGAAUACAUCGUUGGCACAUAAAUUGAAUUUGCCAGACAAAAACGCAAAAAUGAUCUGUACCAGGGGUGUGAAACGAAUUGGGUACACGCCAGAAGUAAAGAAAAAAGCCUUGGAAAGAGUGAAGGGAGGCGAAAAAAUUGCAUCAGUUGGCAAAGAUCUUGGAAUUCCUGGCUCUACAAUAUGGGAUUGGACAAGAAAAGAGAAAAUGACGAGAGAAAAUGCUCAGCUUGAUGAUUGUGUUCCACCUGUAAAAUGGAAAAAGUGGCAGGAGAUCAUGAGCGCAGAAAAUUAUGGUAAGGGAUGGACUGAACGUGAUAUAGGUUACAGACUUGAGAAACUUUCGCAAUAUUUUGAAGACAAAUAUGGACUCUUCGAAUUUGCAGUUUGUAAACCAACAGAAAAGUCUGUUAAAGUGGAAAAUAUUGUUUAUGUUAAAGACGGAAAAAUACUUACACUUCUAGAAAGACAUUGCAGGUAUGGAUUUCAGAAGUCAAUAUUAAUCAAUAAUAAACUGCGAGAUGGUUACAGCAUUAAAGCACGGAUAUAUAUUCGGCCAAAGUUCGGUGUUAUUCCUUUGUUUUCCUGA